ACAGUUUGCCCAUGUGGAAAAGAGUCACCGGAGAGGAAUCGAUUCGGUUUAACCGUUCCUGGCGCGAAGCAAGUUUUGAUGUCACCUCCCUGUAUCGUCUUUCAGCAUUAAGUCAGCAUUGGUGUUGUACAAGUUCACGUGUAACUACAAGGGACGAUAAUGCAUCAAGAGUGGAUUCUUUCAAUCUCUCCAAAUCUAAGUUUUUGAAACCAAAAGUGGUAUUUAAGACCGCUGCAGAGAUCUUACACAGUGUUACUGAAGCUCACGGAAAGUCAGCGGCACAAUUCGCAGAUGAUUUGUUUGAUGAGUCUAAGGCCCUCAUGGCUGACUCUGGUAAUGCGGAUGCGUUGAGGAAGCGUUUAGAUGCCGCUGUAGACGCUGGUCACUUAACAGCAAUGAAGAUGUUAGGGUCCUUGUUCCUGUCUUCCACGUUUUCGGAGGACUAUUCACAGUUGAGGGGUGAGAAUUUAUUGGAAGCAGCAGCGGCAGGUGGAGAGACGGACGCUUUGUAUGAAAUUGCUGUACAGUUGCGUUCCGGUGCUGUGUUUGGAAUCGCUCCAGGGCUGGAUAGGAUCCACAGGCUUUUGUUAAAAGCAGCGGAUCAAGGACAUGAACAAGCACAAUUUUUCUUGGGAAUUCUUUACAUAACGGGAGAACUAAAUGGAGGAGUACCGUGUUAUGAAAAAGCCGAACAUUUUUUAAAAGCAUCAGCUUCGUCUGGUUUGGGUCUUGCGCAAUUUAUAUUGGGCAUAUUUGUACUUCGUGGUUGGUCCCCAACUACAGAAAUGAUCUUGCAGUCGAAGGAUGCUAAGCGUAUUGAGGCUUUGAGAAAGCAAGCCAUUAAGCUCAUAGAAUCAGCGGCAUCAAAGAAUCACAAGAAUGCAAUGCUUUGGCUGAAGGCUUUGUAUGAUCAGGAGAGACUGCAGAAAAAACAAAACUCAAGUGCUGAGAAGUUGACAACAGAGAAACCUGUGGAUAGUGGUUAAUUGAGACCUGCUUUGUCUACAGUCGCUUGGACUGUUUUAUAGCUGUGACAAAGUUGUUUUCUUUGUA